UUCUGGGCUGCGGUGCUCGAGCCGCUGGGGGGAGCUGUGUGUGCUGCCGGGCAAAGGCGGCGGGCUCUCCCAGUCAUAUGACUGGGUUGUCUCCAUUAAUGCCUGCCUGGGAAAAGAAGGAGGUGCUGGCUCCAGAGGGGUAUUAAGCGCCGCUUCUCGUGGCUAGACGGCCGCUGGUAUGGAUGCUGUCACUGGCGCUGCGGUAGCUCCUCUGUCUGGACCGCGGCCAGCUGGGUGAUUUGUUGUAUGCGCGUCCCGACUCCACACCCAUGCUUCCCUAAACGCAGGCAGCAUCAGCAGCAGCAUGGCUCCUACGCUGCUCCAGAAGCUGUUUAACAAAAGGGGCGGCGGUAGCAAUAGUAGCAACUCGCCUUCUCCACCGUGCAGGGCACCCAAGGAAGGCUCUACGGUCAGCUGGUCCUGUUCGGGGUUUGACCUAAAUGACAUCCGCUUGAUUGUGUAUCAGGAUUGUGAGAGGCGUGGCAGGCAGGUCUUGUUUGACUCCACGGCAGUCCACAAGGUUGAUGAGGCAACGUUUCAGGAUGCCUCUGGGAAGACACUUGGUAAGUGCUGCCAAGCAAGCAAUGGGACCAAUACAAUUUCACCUGGUAGUCCUUCAGGGAACAGCAGACAGCAUGUCAAGCAAGACCUUCCAAAAUAUCAGUACACCAGACCGGCUUCUGACGUCAAUAUGUUGGGAGAGAUGAUGUUUGGUUCAGUAGCAAUGAGUUACAAAGGUUCUACACUGAAAAUCCACUAUAUACGCUCUCCUCCACAGCUCAUGAUGAGUAAAGUGUUCUCUGCCAGAGUGGGCAGCUUUUCUGGAAGUACAAAUAGCUUGCAAGGUAGCUUAGAAUACAUCAACCAAGAUCCCAAUUUAGCAAGACUGAAUUCUAAUCCAAAUGGUUUGGGUCCCUGUCACAAUGGAAGCAAUCUAGGUGUGUUUCAGCUGUGUAGCAACAAACUGCUGCACGGUGUGUCUGAAGGGGGGCCCCUCCGGCUCAUCCGGAGUGCUUCUUUCUUUGCAGCGCAUAGCACGCCUGUUGAUAUGCCUAGCAGGGGGCAGAAUGAGGACCGAGACAGUGGCAUUGCUCGAUCAGCAUCUUUGAGCAGUCUUUUGAUGACACCGUUGCCAUCUCCGAGCUCCUCUUCCAGCAGCUACCAGCGUCGCUGGUUCCGAAGUCAAACAACUAGUUUGGAAAAUGGCAUUAUUCCUAGGUGGUCAACUGAAGAAACAUUCAACAUGGCAGAUGAAAGUUGUGGCCUCAAUCCUGCAAUGGUCCGAAGGAAAAAAAUUGCCAUCAGCAUCAUUUUCUCCCUCCCAGAAAAGGAAGAAGCCCAGAGGGAUUUCCAGGAUUUCUUCUUCUCUCACUUCCCUUUAUUUGAAUCGCAUAUGAGCAAGCUGAAGAGCGCAAUUGAAAUGGCUAUGAUCUCCUGUAGAAAAAUUGCAGAAACUAGCCAAAGAGUGCAAGUUUACAUCAAUCGUGUCAUGGAUGCUCUGGGUGAAUUCAGAGUUACCAUCUGGAACUUGUAUUCAGUUCCAAGGAUUGCAGAACCUGUGUGGCUCGCCAUGAUGUCUGGUGCUUCAGAAAAGAAUCUGUUGUGCCAGCAUUUUCUUAAGGAAUUCACUGCUCUGAUAGAACAAACAAGCAAAAACCAGUUUUUAGCCGCCUUAUUAACAGCAGUGCUGACCUAUCACCUGGCCUGGGUCCCUACAGUGAUGCCAGUUGAUCAUCUCCCUAUGAAGGCCUUCUCUGAGAAACGUGCCUCUCAGUCGGUGAACAUGCUGGCAAAAUCACAUCCUUACAAUCCACUUUGGGCACAGCUUGGUGACUUGUACGGUGCUAUAGGUUCACCUGUCAGGAUGACAAGAACUGUAAUUGUUGGGAAACGCAAGGACUUGGUUCAGCGCAUACUCUAUGUUCUUACCUACUUCUUACGGUGCUCUGAACUGCAAGAGAAUCAACUGACUUGGAGUGGGAAAGUUGGCAAAGGGGAGCAAGCCCUGAAUGGAAGCAAGAUCACCACAGCUCUGGAAAAGGGAGAAGUUGAAGAAUCCGAUUAUGUUGUAGUCACUGUUAGAAAUGAACCUGCUCUUGUGCCCCCUGCUCUGCCCCCACAAAAUGUGAGCCCUGCUACUCAGGAGCACACAAGCUGCUCAGAGCCUGCUUCCUUGAAGGAAAAGCAUGACGGGAUCAAUGCCAAGCAGAGUUCAGAGGCAUCUUCUUGCUUGUCCACAGCUGGUUCUCCUAAAGGAAGUGUGGAAGAGGCGAAGAAGCGGGAAAGUGCAGCCACUUCAGAAGCCGGACAUGCUAAAUGGGAGAGUUUAACAGCAGAAAUGCCUGACCACAACCAGAAAGGUGCAGCAGGGCAGCUGUUUGGCAGCUCAUCAACUGCGCAGUGUCCUGAGAGGGUGAAGCAGAGGUACCCUUCCUUGGAAAAGGUUACUUUCCAAAUUGGAAGCGCCACCUCACCAGAAUCUGACUUAGGAGCCGAAAGAAAGGAGAUGGUUGCAACUCGGGAGACGCUCAGGGAUAAAAGCAAGCCUCAGUUUGUUGUCUCAAGUCCACUGAAUAUUCCCGGCCAGGCCCAAUGGGAGAAACCAGACUUUGCUUUUAAAUCACGUGUCAGGCAGAAAGCUAGCAAAAUGUGUCUUCUGGCUUCACCUCAGUUGUCAGAUCAGCUGCCUGUUGCUUCUGGUAGUGAAGUCAAUAUCAUAAAUGCAGGAAAACUGGAGGAAGCUAAAUGUACAUGUAAUGAAAACCUGGAAAGUGGCUCUCUUGACUGUGAUACAGGAAGUUCCACUGAGAUGCAGGGUUCUGGAGAAGGAGUUACUGAAGAUAUCCCCUGUGGGGAUGCGGGAAGGAAACACCCUUUUAGAAUGGAAGAGAACAUUCCUAGAAAUGAGAGCUCAGACAGUGCUCUGGGAGAGAGUGACGAUGAAGGUAGUGCAUCUAUUCCAGAUGGACAACCUCUGAGCUCGGUCAACAAUAGACUUGAGGAACUCCCAGAAGUGGAACUUGCUCUGCCAAGAUCCAACAUAAUCAGCAAUCAAAGCAUGAAGCAUUUUGCAAGGUCACUUCUGGGUGGCUAUUGUGCCUCUUAUAUGCCCGAUCUGGUGCUGCAUGGAAUAAGUAAUGAUGAACAACUCAAGCAGUGCUUACCAGCUGAGUUGAGUCAUGCAGUGAAUCAUCCAGUAUUAGAUGAGUCCAUUGCGGAAGCUGUUUGCAUUAUUGCAGAUACAGAUAAAUGGACAGUACAGGUGGCCACAAGCCAGAGAAAGAUGAUGGACAACAUGAAGCUGGGCAAGGAUGUCUUGGUGUCCAGCCAAGUGUCCUCUUUAUUGCAAUCCAUUUUACAGCUUUACAAACUUAACCUUCCUGCUGACUUUUGUAUAAUGCAUCUUGAGGAUCGGCUACAAGAAAUGUACCUCAAAAGCACAAUGCUGUCAAAAUACUUGCGCGGUCAUACAAGGGUCCAUGUGAAAGAACUUGGAGUGGUGUUGGGGAUUGAAUCAAACGACUUGCCUCUGCUGGCUACUAUAGCAAGUACUCAUUCUCCGUAUGUUGCUCAAAUACUCCUCUAGGAUAAAAUCUUGAAGACAAAAGUUGCCCCAAAAAGUGAGUGGAUUUGGGGGUGAAGGAUGAACAUGCCGACCAGGAGGAGAUGGGAAAUGACGAGUGACAGAAGUGCAUUUGGUUGCCUUUCCUCUUCUGUGAUUUACCUGGAUGCUUAUCAGUGGGAUUUCAGUUUACAUUAUGUAAAAGAUAUUCAGGUUUUUUUUAUAAAGUUCUUGGAAUAAACUAAUCAAGAAUGCAUCCUUGCAUUUUAAUAGACAAAAGGAUUAAGCACUAUCAGGAGAUACACUGCUUAUAAAUGGCUUUGAGCAAAAAAACAUCCACCACCAGAGAAUGGUUUUCAUACUAUUGCACUUUUCAGUGUCUUGUACUGAAUCUUUCAAAUGGGAUCUAUAAGCAAAUCUGUACAUAAGCAUUCCUAUAAUAUGUUUGGAUGGACAGGAUGAUGAGUAGGUGCAUGCACAUGCUUAUGUUCUUGUUACACUAGCCCUCCUUGGAAUUAGGAACUGGAAUUCAUUAAUCUGAUAUCUCCUUGUUGCAUAGUGGAUUUGUUGUUUUUUUAAAAUGGACAGAAGAAGCCAAAAGAUCUGCAGCUGUAUGCAGUGUUGAUGGAGGAGAUGGUUCUGAAACUGCAACCGUGUUGGCUAAAAGUGGUCCUUUGAAAGUAGGAGACUCGAUUGGAACCUGGCACACUUUCUAUCGCAAGCUUGAGCUGUGGCAAAUGCAACAUGUUGAAUUCUCUUUUCCUAGUCUUAAUAUGUAGGUCAUGCAUCCUAAUUAUUCUGUAUUACAAAUUCAAAAAUAGUGUGUGACAAACUUUAAGAACCAGUAUGAUGAUGAACCCAGUGUAAAAUCUAGCAAGCUUUUUUUCUUUACCUUGUGAAGGUCAGAAGACAACUUAUAGCUACACUAGACUUCAGAGCAACUUGCAAAUGAAUCAAAUGUACAGGAGGAGAAAUGUACAAGAGAAAUCCCAGGGUAUAUUGGGAGGGGUAGCUAUAGCAACAGUGACAUCGCCAUUUAUUAUGAUGAUUCGCAAGUGUCCAAAGCAAUCCCACAGAAUGCACUAACCUCUUGAUGCCUUUCAGUCUUGUAUGUCUUAAUUCUAAAAGAGAAAAUUUGCAGUUAACUUCUAAAUUAAUCAUAUCCAUCAUUUUUUUCUAUACAACUACAUAGUUGAAAUGACAGUUUCAAACAUAGAUCUUGGUUUCUAGGAGGUUCAGUAUAAAUGUUAACUACAGUACUUUAAUUUCAAGGGCUAUCUGUGAAUCUAGAGCAAGGAAGAGCAAAAGAUCUUUUGAAAGCUCUUCUGGCCAACACAGUACUGCUAAGGUUAGCCAAUUGUCCUAGUACAAUAUCUGUCUUGGAUUGAAAAGAUUGAAUUGGAAGUAGAAAGAGGUGUUUGUCAUAACUGGCAACUGACAUAAUGUGGUGAUGGCAAUUUGAUGCCAUGUUGUCCAAAUACCAGUUCAAUAACACAACACUUUUUUGUUCAAGAAAUCAAAUUUUUCAUCUUGUUUCAUUGCUGCUUGGUUCUUGCCAAUAUUUUCAUAGCAGUACUUAAUCAUACAGACCCCAAUUUCAGGCAUCCUUGUUACAGAUGCUAGUAAAUAUCCAUAGCAGUAUUGUUCCCCUCCCUGCCCUGCAAUCCUUCUUGUCACAAAUUAGCUUCAAAAAAUCAAUUUCACUCAGAAAGCUUUUGUUCUAAAUAGAUGAAGGUUCCAUUUCUGCAGACGGAUCCACAUAGGCAGGUCUUAAAGAAACCUACUCCAUGCUUGCAUUAAAGUAGAGGGAUGAGAUUCAUUAGCAUUCUUAUUUGAAUUACCUUUAAAAUUAUUUUGAGGACCCACAUCUUUUUUCCUAUUUAUGUAUCCUUAACUUGGAAUAAAAUAUUUAUAUUAUUCUUAUAAUAAUAUGUCAUGAUGCUCUUCACAACUUACACAAUGAGAGAUGGCCCUGAAUCGGGAUUCCAUCAUUUCAUAAAUGUAGUGUUCUAUAUUUAAGACAAAUAGAAUGUUCUCCUUCCCACUGAAAAAUACUACCUCAAUUAACGAAAUAAGCUGCCAGUAGCUGGCUACAAGUUUGUGUACCCGUUGAAUUUUCUGAAGGAUUGUGCUGUAGCACUGACAGAGUAAAAGUCGUUUCCAUGAGGAGUGUCAUGGCUCUUGUUACUUGUGUGCUUUAGUUUUGGUAUUUUUAAUAGCUUAAAAGGGAUAUGGAACUACAUGAGAGACAUGUGGAAACUGACCAUGAAAGGAAAGCUUGUCCUAAAUCUUCAAGAUUCCAAAGCCUUUUAUUUUUCUUGGUAUUCUAACAGUAUUUUGUACAAUAAAAUUAUUACGUGUUUUGGUUUCCUAAGUGGGAGCAAUUGUUUUCAGAGUUAGUUGGACCAUAUUUUGCAACUACGUAUGAGUGUGUUUUCCAAAACUGAUUUUAAAUCUUUGUCAAUGGAUACACAAAGGAGAAAAACAUCUGAUUAUAGAAAUUCCUUUAAACAAUUAGUACUAAUAUAAUACAACCAAGAAUAUAGCUUGAUAUCUAGCAUUAACAAUAUUAAUGGUAUUCUAGAUAUGUAAUUGGAAAUCAACAUCCGUUCUGGAGGGCUUGAUGCUUUAAUUUGCCACCCUAUUUUUAGUUGCCUAUCAAGCUGAUAGUAGCAAUGGUGGAAUAGCAUCCACACUUAAACAUCUGGAUUUUUAAGGGUAGUAACUGUUUUCACAAGCUGUAUCAAUGAACAAUAUUACCUGGAGUAGAUGAAGUAACAUGUAACCAUUCUAGGGAAGCGGGUGCGGGGUGCGUGUGCGUUGCUAGGAUAUGUUUUAAGAGAAAAUGCAAAUUGUGUGUUGAAUGGGUACCAAUGUCAAACUGUGGAAACCUCUUACUUUAGAGCUGUAAAUGUACAGUAUUGUGUGUCAAAUUCUUUGUGGCCUUGGUGCAAUAAAUUUUAUGAAUUUACUGUUAAAAUGGGGUUAUAAAUCUGUCAUUAAAAUAUUUCUUUCUACAGGGUUA